AGAAACCCAGAGUGCGUCCCCCUUUUUUUCCGAUUCUUGACGUCAAGCUCCAGCAGCCAAGGAGCCUCUCGCCUGUGCGUUGGAGAGCAGAGGGAGCUUGGCAGGAAGGGGAAGCCAUCGCAGCAAAGGCUUGGAGGGAGCUGACCAACCCUAUCCAGGCAAACCAGAGAGACCCACAGGUCUAGGGAAGGACACCUAAGGGCUCUAGGCUCCGGGAACCACCGGGUUGCUGCAAAGAGGGGCGGGGAGAAGGCGGGGGCGCUGUAUGCAGCGCGCUGGCUCCAGCGGUGCCCGCGGGGAAUGUGACAUCAGCGGCGCCGGGCGCUUGCGGCUGCAGCAGGCAGCUCGCCUGGGCCGCACGGUGCACACCUCGCCCCCGGAAGGACGCGGAGCGGGGCUGGCGGCCGGGAUGUCGGCGAAGGAAAGGCCAAAGGGCAAAGUGGUCAAGGACAGCGUCACCCUCCUGCCCUGCUUUUAUUUCGUGGAGUUGCCUAUACUGGCAUCGUCGGUGGUUAGCCUCUACUUCCUUGAACUCACAGAUGUCUUCAAACCUGUGCACUCUGGAUUCAGCUGCUAUGACCGGAGUCUUAGCAUGCCAUACAUUGAGCCAACACAGGAGGCCAUCCCAUUCCUCAUGUUACUUAGCUUGGCUUUUGCUGGACCUGCUAUUACGAUCAUGGUAGGGGAAGGAAUUCUGUACUGCUGCCUAUCCAAGAGGAAAAAUGGAGCUGGAUUAGAGCCCAACAUUAACGCUGGAGGCUGCAACUUUAACUCCUUUCUCCGAAGAGCCGUCAGAUUUGUUGGUGUUCAUGUCUUUGGACUGUGCUCUACAGCUCUCAUUACCGAUAUCAUACAGCUGUCCACAGGGUAUCAGGCACCAUACUUUCUGACUGUGUGCAAGCCAAACUAUACCUCUCUGAAUGUAUCUUGCAAAGAAAAUUCCUACAUUGUGGAAGAUAUUUGCUCAGGAUCUGACCUUACAGUUAUCAACAGUGGCAGAAAGUCAUUCCCAUCCCAACAUGCGACUCUUGCUGCCUUUGCUGCUGUAUAUGUUUCGAUGUACUUCAAUUCCACAUUAACUGACUCCUCUAAGCUCCUGAAGCCUCUCUUGGUCUUCACAUUUAUCAUCUGUGGAAUCAUCUGCGGCCUGACACGGAUAACUCAGUAUAAGAACCAUCCAGUUGAUGUCUAUUGUGGCUUUUUAAUAGGAGGAGGAAUUGCGCUGUAUUUGGGCCUGUAUGCUGUGGGGAAUUUUCUACCUAGUGAAGAGAGUGUGCUUCAGCACAGAGAAGCCCUCAGGUCUCUGACAGACCUCAAUCAAGACCCCAACAGGGUUUUAUCUGCUAAGAAUGGCAGCAGCAGCGACGGAAUUGCUCACACAGAGGGCAUCCUCAACCGCAACCACAGGGAUGCCAGCUCCUUAACAAACCUCAAGAGAGCCAACGCUGAUGUAGAAAUCAUCACUCCGAGGAGCCCCAUGGGAAAGGAGAGUAUGGUGACCUUCAGCAACACCCUGCCCAGAGCCAAUACCCCAUCCGUGGAAGAUCCGGUGAGAAGAAACACGAGUAUCCAUGCCUCCAUGGAUUCUGCCCGGUCCAAGCAGCUUCUCACCCAGUGGAAGAGUAAGAAUGAAAGCCGCAAGAUGUCCCUACAGGUCAUGGAUACUGAGCCCGAAGGACAGUCACCCCCUCGGUCCAUAGAAAUGAGGUCCAGCUCAGAGCCGUCAAGAGUCGGGGUGAACGGCGACCACCACGGCCCAGGGAAUCAGUACCUCAAGAUCCAGCCUGGCACCGUCCCUGGGUGUAACAACAGCAUGCCCGGAGGGCCACGCGUGUCCAUCCAGUCCCGCCCCGGCUCCUCCCAGCUGGUGCACAUCCCAGAGGAGACCCAGGAAAACAUAAGCACGUCGCCCAAGAGCAGCUCUGCACGGGCCAAGUGGCUGAAAGCUGCAGAGAAGACUGUGGCCUGUAACCGUGGCAACAGCCAGCCUCGUAUCAUGCAGGUCAUCGCCAUGUCCAAGCAGCAGGGCGUGCUACAGAGCAGCCCCAAGAAUGCCGAGGGCAGCACGGUCACCUGCACCGGCUCCAUCCGCUACAAAACCCUGACGGACCACGAGCCCAGCGGCAUCGUGCGGGUGGAGGCCCACCCUGAGAACAACAGGCCCAUCAUCCAGAUCCCAUCCACGGAGGGUGAAGGCAGCGGCUCCUGGAAGUGGAAAGCUCCAGAGAAGGGCAGCCUCCGCCAAACCUAUGAGCUCAACGACCUCAACAGGGACUCGGAAAGCUGCGAGUCCCUCAAAGACAGCUUUGGUUCUGGAGAUCGCAAGAGAAGCAACAUCGAUACCAACGAGCACCACCAUCAUGGUAUCACCACCAUCCGCGUGACCCCAGUGGAGGGCAGCGAGAUAGGGUCGGAGACGCUGUCUGUGUCCUCCUCACGCGACUCCACCCUGCGGAGGAAGGGCAACAUCAUCCUGAUCCCCGAAAGAAGCAACAGCCCUGAAAACACCAGAAAUAUCUUCUACAAAGGAACCUCCCCCACUCGGGCUUAUAAGGACUGAGGGAUGAUGGCCCUCCAAUCAAUCAUUUGGGUGUCCCCCAAAGACAACACGCUGAUUCUACCUGUGUCCCCACCCCUUUUUCUGGAGGAUUUGGAAAGCCUUCUUGCCCAACUAGAUUGUUUACCAUCAGCCUGGAACUCUGUCACUGAGCUACAACGCUAAACCUAAAGAUUUUACACCAAGGAGAAGGAAAAGCACAAGGAAAGAGCCGAACUUGUCUCCUAAUCUCAACAGUGUCCUUACGACCUGUCACUGAGGUUUCGAAGAGGACAGUGUUAAAACAAAGCGGUUUCCUUCCAUGUAUGCUAUUUAACUUUCUGAAUGUGCCAACUUUGGGGAUCUUUUCUUUUUUUUUUUU